CAAGGAUUUCCUCCGAAAUCCCAUCACCGACGUUUUCGACUGAUCCGGAAGGAAGGAAAUACGAGACCGGAAGAGGAAAUCAGAGGAAAAACCAGAGUAAACUCUGGAAGCAAUUUUGAAGCGGGGUGCAGUCGAGUCGAAGUCGAUCCCAGUAUUCGAGGGUCAUUUCCGAGCGGACCUACUCAUGGUGACUGUCGCACCGGGGCCUUCACGAGGCCCAAAGGCAUGACGAAGGCUUGCUGGGGACCAUGGAACGCCGAGAGGGAUCCCAUUCACGGAUUGGAACAGAUGAGAAAUGAUUGCAGCAACUUGUUGCAGCAGCAACUUGUGACUGCAGUCACUUCUGGCUGUGGUCAGUUGCAGCAGUGGCAAGUUAGGAGAAAAGUCAUCGUCAUUCGAAGAAGACUUGCUGGACAGAAAAUGAGUUCAUUUCCGAGUGUGCUCACAGCAGCAGCAGGGAAACGCAUUCAGGACCUACUUGCAUCUGUGGCAAGAAUGCUGAAGUUCUGGAAUGUGCCACUGUUGACUCCUGGUGGAAUGCGGUCUCUAAAACGGUCGUCCUUUCAGUUCAAACUUCUACUCAAAAAAGACGACCAGUCCUACCCGAAGAGUAAAGGACUUAUAAGAGUCAAGUACCAUUGGAAGAAGCUGAGGUUGUUUUUUGACAACAACGCAUUCCAGGAAGUGUCUGGAGAUGACACUUGCUUCCAGCUGUCCUCCACACUGGCCAAAGAGGCCAGGGCCAGCAGCAGAGCUGAGCCCAUUAAUGCCAGAGGCUACAGACUAGAUGACAGCAGACUGUCCCCCUUGGAAUUGCUCAGGAAUGAGGUUGGCAAUGAGUAUGCCAUUACACAGAAAGGUGGCGGCAUCUAUACUGAAGGGUUCUCGCAACAAUGGAUGGUACUCCGGAAGACGGGUUUUGCUGGGUUGCCUCCGGGUUCCCGGGGUUCAGAAACCCCCGGAACCUCGUCUUGGCAACUCAGCUCCACUCUGUCUGCCUCUUUCUUCCAUCUUUUGGGUUGCACAGCUGCUGUGGUACCACCACCACCACCAUCACCGAGCAUGGCUCACUGCCAUGACCCUCUUGCUGUUCCACCAGCACCACAUGUCCUCUCACCAGUCACCGUCGUGUUCCCGGCCCGGGGACGGGUUGCGCCCCCAGUUUGUGGACGAGCUGCUCCUGACGCGCCACAACGCCAGGGCCUUUGUCCUACGAGCGUGGGACCUGUAACGGCAGUAACGCGGCGUGCUGUGGUUCGUGUGCAUGGUGAACGCCUACAACGACGGCCACUAGCUCGACCGUCACCUCCGACAAAGGCCGGGCUGUUCCGCCCUGCUGCCCGGAUGGACGAUCCACACGUGUUCCUGGGGCCCGUUUGCGACGACUACGUGCUGGCCCCAGUGGCCCGCUACGCCGCCGUCUGGGGCAUACCUGUCCUAACGCCUGCGGGCAGGGCCAAGGCCUUCCAGUGCAAACAAGAGUACGGGAUGUUGACUCGGAUGUCGGGCUCGUAUCAAAUGAUUGGGGGCCUGAUUGAAGAGCUUUUGGCUGCCUUCGGGUGGCGGAAAUUCGGUAUGCUUUUCGAGAGGAUCGGCCACUCUGACAACAUGGCCGCCUGCAAGCUCAUGACUGAAAGUGUUUACGAGAGGUUCAAUCAGUCGGUGCCGUUUGAGUAUUUCACCAGCAACAGGCCAGACUAUGCUGCCAUGCUGCUCAAUGUCACUAAAGAGGCUCGGAUAAUUGUUCUCUGUGCUUCGCCUGAGAGAGUGAGGAACAUCCUGUUGGCAGCUGAGGAGCUGAAUAUGAUUAGCAGUGGAGAGUAUGUGUUUUUCAACGUGGAGCUGCUCAACAGUGCUGACAGGGAGCCCUGGAGGAAUGUCAACGACACUGCGGAAAACAACGAAAGGGCAAAGAAAGCAUUCCAGGCUGUUCUCACUGUGACAGCCAUGACACCAGAGACCCAAGAGUACAACACCUUCUCCAAGGAGGUCAAACGAAGAGCCAGGACAAAGUACAAUUACACUUACGAAGAGGACAAUGUCAACACGUUUGUGACAGCAUUCUAUGAGUCAGUGCUGCUUUAUGCAUUAGCCUUGAAUGAGACCUUGAUGAGAGGAGGGCGAGUGAGUGAUGGCAGAACAAUUACCUCCUUUAUGUGGAACAGGACAUUUGAAGGAUUGAAUGGAAAUGUGACCAUUGAUGCCAAUGGGGACAGAAAAGCUGAUUACUCCUUGUUGGACAUGAACCCAGUCAGUGGGAAGUUUGAGGUAGUGGCAAAUUAUUAUGGGAGCACAGGGAUGCUGGUGAAUGUGCCUGGCAAGGAGAUACACUGGGCAGGUGGACGCAAUUCUCCUCCACCUGACACACCUCCAUGUGGUUUUGAUGGAUCUCUGUGUCCUGAUAAUACUUUUCCUGCUUAUGCCAUCGUGUCAAUUGUGCUCAGUACUGUGGUUUUCAUCCUCUGCAUCAUCUCUUUCUUCAUUUGGAGACACUACAUGAUGGAGGCAGAACUGGCUCAGAUGACGUGGAAAGUCGCCUGGGCAGACGUGAAGAUGAACUCGGGUGCGAUGAGCGGGAAGCAGCUGAAACGCGCUGGGUCCAGGAUGAGCCUGUCACGCAUAAAUUCAAAACAAGGAAACAGCUGCAGGGAGGAAACCUUGUACGCUUCCUUGAAGCAAAGUUUGGAUGCUUCAGAAACCUUCCUUGUGCUCAACAACUUGCAAGCUUUUUUGGAACAUCCACCUUUGUAUACAAACCAACAUUACAUGAUGGAGGCAGAACUGGCUCAGAUGACGUGGAAAGUCGCCUGGGCAGACGUGAAGAUGAACUCGGGUGCGAUGAGCGGGAAGCAGCUGAAACGCGCUGGGUCCAGGAUGAGCCUGUCACGCAUCAGCCUGGAUAGCACGUGUUCAGUUGGAUCCAUUUGCGCGGGAAACAACAAACAGCUUUAUACAAAGACUGCUGUUUACAAGGGUUCAAUAGUGGCAGUGAAAAAGCUAGGACCUCACAUGGAUGUCACAAGGCCUCUGCUGAUUGAAUUGAAACGGAUGAAAGACAUUCACCAUGACCAUUUGGUGAGGUUCAUUGGGGCCUGCAUCACUCCCUGUUGCAUUCUGUCUGAAUACUGUCCAAAGGGCAGUUUGCAGGACAUCCUGGAGAAUGACCACAUCAAGUUGGACUGGAUGUUUCGCUAUUCCCUCAUGCAUGACAUUGUCAAGACUAUUGGGGGAAGACAUUCUUUUGUAUUUUCCCCACACAAGAAAAAUGCAAGGGACAGUGUUUGGUGGCCUUGUCCUCAUGUGGAACUGGAUUUGAUGGCCUUGGGCAAAGGAGAAGCUCCAAACCCUGCAGCUCCUCCAGCAUUCAGAGGCAGUCUGCCAGCAAUGGCAGCAGCAUUUACCCCUGCAAAGGGAUUCACAAUCCCAGCUGUGGACUGGGGAGAAAUGGCAGGGGUCAGCAAGGAGUUGCCUGCAGUGGCCCCAAGCCCUUCUGAGGAGGGCCAGUUGCUGGACCAGGGCUGGGUUUUGAAAGGCAAACAGUCUGAGGAGGGCCAGUUGCUGGACCAGGGCUGGGUUUUGAAAGGCAAACAGAAAAACUUACUGCGAUCGGAACCGGAACCUUCGGUGCACAUGGGGUCACAAACCGGACAUCGGUUCCCGAACUUGAAGGUCGCUCCGCAGCCGGAGGGCAGAUGGGUCAUCAUAACCAGCAGCAGUAUCACUGCUGGAAGCAUAGUGAUGUUGUUGAGCAGAAUGUCCAUGACUCUGCUGCUGAUGAUGAUUAAGGGGUUGUUGAUAGGGAUGUCUUAUUUGCAUACCAGUGAGCUGAAAGCCCACAGGAAUCUCAAGUCAUCCAACUGCGUGGUUGACUCCAGGUUUGUGUUGAAGUUGACAGACUUUGGACUUGAAACUUUGAAAAGAGUACAAAUGAUUCACUCUCAACAACCUGAUGAGGAGGACUCUUAUGCCUACUGGAGAAGCAAGUUGUGGACUGCCCCAGAGCUGUUGGAGAUGAGCAAGAAGCCGCACAAGGAAGAUGGCCACCAACAGCACUUUUCAUCCCCUGGCAAUUACGAGAUUUACCAGCGGGCCGACGUUUAUUCCUUCGCCAUCAUCGUGCAUGAAAUAGUGCUGCGAGAAGGGCCCUUUUUCCUGGGCAACUCUGCUGCUCAGCUUUUGUGGACUGCCCCAGAGCUGUUGGAGAUGAGCAAGAAGCCACACAAGGAAGAUGGCCACCAGCAGCACUUUUCAUCCCCUGGCAAUUACGAGAUUUACCAGCGGGCCGACGUUUAUUCCUUCGCCAUCAUCGUGCAUGAAAUAGUGCUGCGAGAAGGGCCCUUUUUCCUGGGCAACUCUGCUGCUCAGCCACAUCCUCAAGAUUAUUAUCAUGACUGGAAAAGUGUUGAGGGAAGAGGGCAUAUCUUGCUGUGUGCUGCCCAGCACACGCAAUGUGCGGGAGGAUCCUUGCUUGGGAUCCCCGGAUCUGGAAGUGGUGAUUUCAGAGAUACUGAAGAGCUUCAAAUUAAUUUCAAGUUGGAAAAAAAGAGGUGUAAGUGCUGGCCAAUGACGAAUGUUGACCACCAGCCAGGUUUCAGCAGACCUCAGGUGCCAACAAUAGACCUGAACACAGACUCCCCGACAGGAGCGCCCUCUGUGUCCAGCAGAGACUCUAGCAUGUCUUAUUGCUCUUCUGGACUCUUGAAUGUGGCCAAUGCUGAGCUAAUGGCAUCCAGUGCGAGAAGCAAGUCUAAUCCGAAUGUGCUGACUUGCCUGUUGAGUCCUAGUUUAGAGGCGCCAUCUGACUUUGUCAGAGGCAAGUACAACUGCAAUGUGGAAUGCAGGUACUGCCAAUUCGUCAGCAGGGGUGUCAUCUCACCUGUCCGCUCUCCAUGCACUGGAAAUGGAAUAAUUACUGUUGGAGGGUCACUUCCUGUGAGGAGGACGCUUGUUGUUGGUGAAAUUGUUGAAGCAGUCAAGAGCCAUGAUAAGCCCUUCUGGAGACCAGCAAUCAGUGAUGAUACCUGCGAUGAAGAAGUCAUCAGGAUGAUGAAAAGCUGCUGGGCUGAUGAGCCCCUGGAAAGACCAGAUUUCCAGCAGCUCAAGGGCAUCAUUCGCAAGCUGAACAAUCGUCACUGCAGGAAAACCUUCUGCUGGUGGCUGUUGUUUGAAGAGACAAACAUGUUCUGGGUUUUUGAUGAGCUGGUGCUAAAACCCCGGGAAGACAAAAAAAAUCACAGGAAAACCCCCGGGGGUCGAUCACCUCAUCACCCAUGUCUCGGAAUACAAGGGAUCGACCCACUCGUGAAUGUGAUGAAUGGCGUCAAUAACCCCAGAACACCCCGCAAUUUUUUCCAAAUUGUUGAAGCAGUCAAGAGCCAUGAAAAGCCCUUCUGGAGACCAGCAAUCAGUGAUGAUACCUGCGAUGAAGAAGUCAUCAGGAUGAUGAAAAGCUGCUGGGCUGAUGAGCCCCUGGAAAGACCAGAUUUCCAGCAGCUCAAGGGCAUCAUUCGCAAGCUGAACAAAGAAAAUGAGAGUGGGAAUAUUCUGGACAAUCUGCUGUCCAGAAUGGAACAGUAUGCCAACAACUUGGAGGCCCUUGUUGAGGAGAGGACUGCUGACUACUUGGAGGAAAAGCGCAGAUGUGAAGAACUGCUUUACCAGCUAUUGCCCAAUUCCGCAGGAAGUUCUUUGAGGAAAUGCUUCCGAGCACGGGCGCAAUUAUCCACGAGGAAAUCUUUGUUGCGUGAAAAGAAAAAGAUGCGCUUCUCUUUAGAGAAAGAGUCCGUGGUUGAUCUCCUGAAUGACCUGUACACCUGCUUUGACUCCAUAAUUGAAAACUUUGACGUGUACAAGGUGAGUCCAGUUUGUGCUGGAGUUGUGGGACUGAAAAUGCCACGUUAUUGUUUGUUUGGCGACACUGUCAACACCACUUCAAGAAUGGAGUCUAAUGGUCUCCCUCUGAGGAUCCAUGUAAGUGCUGCCACCAAAGAAGCAUUGGAUCACUUUGGAACCUUCUUGCUUGAGUGCAGAGGAGAGGUUGAAAUGAAGGGUAAGGGAAAGCAAGUCACUUAUUGGCUGAAUGGAGAGAAAAACGCCCCCAAGACCCUGGACUUCCAGUUCACCCCAACCCCUCAGCCCAAUGGAAAUGCUGCAGUUGAUGAAGGUGGUGCCAGUGGCGCCACCAACCGGCUGCAAUUUGAAGACAUUCAAACAGGUCCCAGCACCAAGUUGCCCCAGGGCAAAAGCACUGUGGUGACUUAUGAGCCUGGGACAGGCACUUCACCCACCUCCAAGCUGCUGAGUCCAGUGUCGGAUGGGAACCAUGCAGGGGCGACACCUGUGGCAAAUCCAGGCACAGGCAAGGGCAUUCUCAAGGCUAACAACUCCAUUCCUGCUUGAAAACAGAAACAAAUUUAUUCCUUUCGAGAUUAAAAAAGUUACCUCUGAAACCUGGACGAUUAAAAGAUGAGUGAGUGCUGAAGAGAGAAUCAAUUGUUGACCUGUGCAACAUAUGAAUGAUUUAGGAAAGUAUUUAUUGAUUGUGAUGUCGAAAAAAAAAAGUUAACCAGAUGAGUGGAUCGUUUGCUGUGUGAGGAAACCGAUGAGGCUUUGAGGAAAAACGCACGAAAAAAGAAUGUUCCCUUUUGUCACUUUCUAAUACUGUAGCUGCUUUUCAUGAGAGAGAAGAAAAAAUAAGAGGAAUGUUGAUGUCCCUGAUUUUGCCAUUUACUAUAGUAUACUUGUGCUCAAUAUUAAAUCAGCGCAUGAUUUCCAAGAAGAACCCUUUCCAGUGCCAAAAAUCCAAGGACGAUUGAAAAGAUGUUUUCAGUUCCACUGGAAUCUCAAAACUGUCAAAACCUUCUGGGGCGAGAAAGGAUUUUCUUUCAAAAUAUAAAAAACGAGACCAUUUGAUAAAAUCAUGUCCCCUUUUAUGAUGCUGAGGUUUUAGAGAAAUGAGAAACUGGGAAAGUUUGAAUGUUGUUUUUCCUUUGUUCAUUUCUUAUACUGUUGGUGGAAGGAAAAUUUGUGUGUGGAAAAAUAUAAGAGGCUUCUUUACAAAA